GUAAUCCAAUUUUGACGCCCCUUUUUGGCCAUCGCCCCCACUUUCAUUUCAUUUCCUCCCUUUAAGCAGAAAAAAAAAAUGGUAUUCUAGUUACAACAAGAAUAAGGAUCAGAUUCUCUCUCAAACACAAACACACUACAUACAUACCCACUCUAUACCCUUUUUAUUCACCUACUAUUAAUAUAUCUAUCUAUUAUUAUUUGCCUAUAUCUAAUAACCUUUUUUUUUUAUCACCUACAACAGCUUAUACUUCUUUCUCGCUUUCCGAUUAUAGAAGCUAGAGUGGCUUGGAGCAAAAGUAGUUGAUGUCUUAUAGUGGGUGCUCCAAGUAGCUCUUGCACAAUUGCAUGUAAUCUAGGAUGGGGUCUGCUUGUUGUGUUGCAGCUAGAGAUAGAACUAUAACAAAUGGAUUCACUAGUGAUGCUGUGCCGAGAAAUAUCAGAUACUCUCCAUCAUGGGGUGUUCGGUGGGAUAAUCGGCGUCGUGUAGCAGGGGAAGAAGCUUCUAUGAAUUGGUUGUCUGAUGGUGUUGGAACUAAUGACAGACUGGACAAUAAAUCGCAGACAACUGUAGGAACUGCUUAUGCAUCAGAAGAGGGUAGUCCAUUGGAAAGUUUCCGGAAUCUCACUUGGCAGAAGUCCUCACCUUCUGAAGGCUAUACAGUGCCUCAUUCAGACCAAUCCACCUCCCAAGUUACUACCGAGAUAAAGGAAUCGAAGGAAACUCAGCUUACUUCAGAACCGUCUCCAAGCAUGAUGUCAUCAUCAACACACUCGGUUUCUUCUUUUUCUGCAUCCCCUUUAACUUGUUCCCAAGGUCAACUCUUGCCCCCAUCAAGAUGGCCUGGCUGCUCCCCUGGGAUGAAGUCUCCAAACUUCUCGAUAUCUGAAGAGGGUUCCCCUUUUAUGCUCCCUGGGUGGAGUUACGAAUCAAACCGUGGGUCUCAUGGUGGAUCAUCAGAUGGUUGGUCUGUACCCGCUUUUAAUGAGCUCGUAGCAACCUCUCACAGAGAACGAUGGUCUUUCAAUAGCGAGUCUCUUAACUGCAAUCAUGAUAAACUUAGCAGAUGUAGUGGCAGAAUUUCUUCUUCACCCUCCAUUGAUAUGCGAACAUGUGGCGUUUGCUCCAAGUUAUUAACUAAAAAAUCAUCAUGUGGAACCCAAAAAAUUAUAGCCACUAAUGAGCUUGCUGUUGUUGCCAUUUUGAUGUGUGGGCAUGUUUAUCAUGCCGAAUGUUUAGAAAAUAUGACAUCUGAAAUUAACAAGUAUGACCCAGCAUGCCCUGUUUGUACUAUUGGGGAGAAGAAGCUUAUCAAGUUGUCAGAAAAAGCUCUGAAAGCAGAUUUUGAGUUGAAGGCCAAGAUGCACAAGAAAUCAAGAAGUCGGGUGGUGGAUGGUGAUAUGAAUGGUGAUGAUAGUAUGUUUGAUCAUUAUAGGAGUAGCGGGUAUGAGGGCAGAAGCCCAAAAAUGAGCUCAAGUUCCAGCAUGAAGAUUUCUUCAGGAAAACCUUUCUUAAAGAGACAUUUUUCUUUUGGUUCCAGAGGAAGUCGAUCACUGACAGAAAAUAAUUAUUGUCGGAAGAAGGGAUUUUUCUGGACGAAGUCAAGGAGGGAGUGACCUUAUUCGCUCUAAUAAGGUGGAUUAAAUGAUUGGUAUCUCUGGAAUUCUAGUCUUAGUAGAUGAAGACAAGAUGUCAGUUAGGUGGGGGUGAUGUCAUCGUCAUCAAUAUGGUAGGGUUAGUUCCUCAAGGCACUGUAAAGCAGGUUUUGAACAAACACAUAAUCAUCAUUAUCUUGAUCAAUUUGGUAUAUAUAAUUAAAGCAAUUUAAGGGCCUGGUAGAAAUUCCUUUUAAGUGUGUGUUUUGUAAAUUUUAUAAACGUAUUUGUGCUUGCUUUCUUUCAUUAAAAGGGAAGAUAAUUGAAUGGUGGUGGUAACAGAAUUUGUGCGGUUA